AUGGCCUUAAAAAUCGCAGUGGCGGGCGCUACCGGGGACUUGGGUGUUCCCAUUGUGCAUGCUCUCCUAGAGGCAGGCUACUAUGUGACAGCUCUUACACGGAAGGGCAGCAGCAACACUUCAAAGCUUCCUGCGAGUUCAAACCUAUCCAUAGCUGAAGUCGACUACUCCUCAGUUCAAUCUCUAGAAUCUGCUCUCAGAGAUCACGCGGUCGUCGUCUCUACUCUGACUUCUACUUCGGUUGGCAGCCAAAAUCCACUUAUCGACGGCGCUAUUGCGGCUGGCGUGACACGAUUUAUCCCUUCAGAGUUUGGCAGCGAUGUCAUUAAUCCUCAACGUAAUAAACUGCCUGUAUUUGAAGGCAAAGUCAAGACUCACGAGUAUUUAAAGACCGCUGCAGCCAAGAAUCCAGGCUUCACCUACACGGUGGUAUGUAAUGGGUCUUUCUUGGACUGGGGUCUCCAUGGCUUCAUUGUAAAUGUCCCCGUGCAUACCGCCACUGUUUACAACGGGGGUGAUAUUCCCUUCUCUGCAACCAAUCUCGAGACGAUCGGCAAGGCCAUUGUUGGAGUUAUUCAACACCUCCCUGAGACGUCCAAUCGUCCAGUUUACAUCCAAGACGCCGUCGUUACUCAGAACUCAUUGAUUCGGUAUGCUAAAGAGAAAGACGGUAUAGAAUGGGAGAUCACGCACAAAUCCACUGAGAAAAUGUUUGCCGAUUCUCUUGCACAAGUAGCAAAAGGGAUCACCGAUUGGUCAGUCAUGGAACCUUUUGUUUUCAGUGCCGUUUGUGGAGAGGGAUAUGGAGGAGAUUUCUCUAACCUCUUGGAUAAUGAACUUCUGGGAUUGAAGGGCUUGACAGACGCUGAAGUUAGGGUAUUAGUUGAGAGUCUGCUGUAA